AUGGGCAAUCAGAAGUUCAGACUAUCAGACAUGAUCCCAAACGCCUGGUUUUACCGUCUCAAGAACCAAAACCACCGCAAAAUCACGGCCAAAAAGCCGCCUGCCGCCGUCCCUGCCCCUUCAUCCUCCUCCUCGUCUUCCCAUUCAUCCUUAUCGUCCAUCUCAUCAUCCUCCCUUCCCCCACCACCGCAACUUACCAAAUCUCCCCCCUUCCCGGAGCAGAGGAAGUCCUACUACUUCACCCGCGGCCUCAUCACCGACCCCCCGCCCGAUCCCUCCCGUAGAUCGUCUUCCCGGCGUCGCCGGAGCACCCGCCGCCGCUCCGUCUCCUCCACCUCCGGCUGCAUCUGCCGCCCCGUCUCCUCCUCCGUGGAGCCCUCUGACGGCGAAGGCGACCGCGGCCUCACCCCCGACGACGGUUUCGAGGACAUUCCUCCGAUCGACGGUCGCCGUAAUUCCAAUUUCGAUCAUCGUCAUCUCCCUCCCAUCAUCACUAAAAAACAGCAACAACAACAACAACAUCAAAACCAACAGAAACUACAUCAGCAGAAAAACCUGCAGAAACAACAGAAUCUGCAAAAACAGAAUCAACAGCAGCAACAACAGCAAAACCAGAAACAACAGAACCGGACUGGCAGUCCAAUGAGGCGACUGUCGGGAAACAAUCUGUCAUCAGGAGUUAGGCUGAGAACGAACGCGAACACUCCGAGGAUGGGGAACCGAAGGAGGAGGAGAGUGGGGGAGAGUCUGGCGGUGGUGAAGUCGUCGAGGGAUCCGGGGAGGGAUUUCAUGGAGUCGAUGGUGGAGAUGAUAGUGGAGAACGAUAUAAGGGGGAGGAAAGAGCUCGAGGAGCUGCUCGCGUGCUACCUGUCGCUGAACGCUGACGAGUACCACGAACUCAUCAUCGCUGUUUUUAAGGAGAUUUGGUUCCAUUUCAUAACCUUGAGCUAA